AUGCUGGUCCGUAGGUUGCUCCUUGCGAAUGGCCAAGCAAGGGCGUUGCAUGGAAGAAAUCAGGAGGGAGUAAUAAGGAGGGAGAAUAAGCGCUCACGACUGUCUACUGCCACCACCGCACCCGGUACUUCCUCCGCGCCGAAAAAGCGGACAUGGCUUCGCUUAACCGUGGUCACGUUGACGGCUGCCGGAAUUGGUGCGUACCUCAGAACACAACAGGAUGCCGGCAACAGCCAGCUCAACCCGGCCGUAUUCGCACAUUAUAGACUGGUAUCGAGAGAGCCGGUCUCUUCGACGAACAGCAUCUUCACGCUCGAACCGUCCCGGCCCGCAGACAACCGAGAGACGUACGAACUGGCAUGGCAGAUGGGUGUUUGGAGUGUGAUGUUCAAGCAACCACAACUUCAAAUAGGGCGCGAUUAUACACCGCUUCCACCGCGAGACAAUAAUGCUGAGGGCGACGAGAUUGAAGAGUCGCUGCGUUUCCUCAUUCGCCGAGACCCCCAUGGAGAGGUCUCCCGCUAUCUGCAUAAUCUGCAAGUAGGCGCAGAUGUCGAGAUCAGAGGGCCGCAGGUCGAAUGCGAGAUUUCCCCGGAUGUGCGUGACGUGUUGUUUAUUGCAGGGGGGACAGGAAUAGCCCCGGCUCUACAAGCUAUCUAUAUAUUGCUAAGGCACGCAAAGCCUGAAGAAAAGCGAAGAAUCCAUAUUCUUUGGGCAAACAGGAAGAGAGAAGACUGUCUAGGAGGUAUAAGCGACACUCCAGCAGGGGGGCAUGCAAAAACAUCGUGGUGGACGUUUGGACGACAAACAGCGAGUUCAACGUCAACACCUGAGCCUCCUGCUGCGACCAGCCAAGGUGCUAUAGUCAGCGAGCUACAGAAAUUGAAGGUGCGAUAUCCUGAGCAGAUUACGGUUGACUACUUUGUCGACGAAGAAAGUUCGUUUAUCAGCACAAAAGAUAUCACAGCCUUCACAGACUCCGUGCAAGCGGCGGCUGGGAAGCAAAUGCUGAUAGUUUCUGGGCCAGAAGGGUUUAUCAACUACAUGGCCGGCUCCAAGAUGUGGGCACGGGGAUAUCAGCUGCAGGGAUCGGUUGGCGGAAUUAUUAAGGACCUAGAUUUGAAAGAUUGGACGAUUUGGAAAUUAUGA